AUGGUUGAUGUUGGGAAUGUUAUAAACUUUCCAGGGGAAAGAGGUCUUACAGUAUGGUCUAGCAAACCUAAGAUAUUAUUCUGUGACUUGAGACUCGGGCCAGGAGAGCAAAAAACAUAUCUAUAUAAAGAGGGGAUUCCAAAAGAUGUUCCUCCCUCCUUUAAAGGCCAGUCUGUAAAAUACUCAUACAAGCUGACCAUUGGAACACAAAAACUGGAGUGUCCAGCAAGGCUACUCAGAGUUCCAUUUAGAGUUUUAGUUUUAUAUGGCCUCAAUGACUUGAAUGUAUAUGCCAGUGGAGAGGAAGUCACUCCUAGUAAUCCAUUCCUAGAACAAAGACCCCCAGAAAACACACUCCUAGAGGUAGCUCUCCAGGUUCUGUCCACAGUAACAGCCAAAAGAAGUCCACACUGUUUCAACAUCACUAAUGCUAGAGGAAAAGUUGCAAGAUUGUGCAUGUUUAAACAGGCUUUUAAAAUAGGAGAAGAUAUUGUGGGGACAUUUGAUUUCUCUGAUGCCUCAAUACCAUGUGUUCAGUUUUCAGCUACUCUCCAAAGUGAAGAGCAAAUAUCAGAAGAGUGCAGGAAGAAGCCAGGGCAGCUCCCAAUUACCAUGUCAUACUGCAAGCACCAGGACUUUUGUCUGCAUUCCAGGAAAACCCAUUUCAGCUUACCCAUACCUCUAUCAGCUAGUCCAGGCUUUAUAUCUGAUAUAGUGACGCUAAAGUGGAAGAUCCACUUUGAGUUCAUCACCUCCCAGAAUGCCAUUCCUCCUCACGCUGCGCCAUCCAACCCUGCCGAGUGCUCCACCUGGCGGGGACCUGAGAACCUGGAGGUGGAAACCAUGGUGUGGGAUCUGCCCAUCAAGGUGUUCCCCACCAAUCCACUGCAUGCCUCUAAUGUAUCACUACUCAAGACUUCCUCCAUGGUGGAAAUGUAAUGAUCACUGAACAAAUGGAUUUUAUAGGAGAUUACUAUCUCAGAAUGGCAUUGGAAACUUCACACAGAUGGACUUGAAAUCAAUUUAUUUUAUCUAUAAUCUGGGUCAACAAGGAGAUGUGCAAUAUGUCUUUAAUAAUGUUGGUAGGAAAAAAUUGGCAGACUUUAGGUUCCUUUCUUUCAAAGAACCAACUAAGAUUGCAGACAAUUCAGAAUUUUACUUUUUCUAAGCAUUACAAAUGACUAACAUGGAUCUGAAAAAGUCUACUUUCUGUCUCCUCUAUAUGUGUUCACAUAUGACCCUGACCAAGUCACCAUGAUGGAACUGUUCAUGGAUUGUCAGUGGUAAUUAGAGUGUUGCAUGUCACAACUAGAAUAGUACGUUUGCCAGGUCAGUGGUAAGAUGCGGGACCGGGUAGAUUCAGGUCUUAAUUGUAAUGUCAGUUCAACAGUUCUAUUGAGGACAUCAGGAUAGUAACCAACACCUUUAUAUAAAUAACAAAUGGGUUUUCCGAGUGGUAAGAGUGGCUCGGGUUCAUCGUCUGGAUUCAGUUACAGUUCAGGUUGUGUUAGGUGUGACGUUGCUAAUUCUGCUGGGAGCAAUGGUGCUAAUUGUGUCAGUUAUGGUGCAACAAAUUCCUGCCAAAAUUGGGGAUGAAAAUGUAUAAUUAAGGGCCAUGAAAUAAAGUAAUGUCCAACAGAAGCAAACUUGGUAGGAGCAUUACUAUGUAGAUUAUUUAUCCAGUUGUUUUUUUUUUUUUUUUAGAAAAAUAAAUCAAUUUAAAUCUGCUACUACAUUUACAAUAUAGUCUUGUUAACGCUGUUGCGACUCCCACUCAGACUUCAGCUGGUCUACUAAGCAUGCAAAUGGAACUAUUCUCAGUCUUGCUAAUCUGAAGAGUCAUUUGAUCUUAUUACAUUUCACUCUAAAAAUGAAGGCACUGUUAUAAUGUUUCAAACAAUUUUCAGCAUUUUUCCUCUUGGUGGCAUUCUCAGAAAAGUUUUAAUUUAAAAAGUGAUUUUUUGACAGAAGAAAGUACACAUUCAUCCUUGGUAGAUUGUUUAAAGGGUUUCCAGUUCUUCCAGUAAGCACGGUGUGUCAAUUUACAUACUUCAGUAUCCAUUUCAAUUCAACAAAACUAAACAAAUGACGCAUUUAUUACAAUAUAACAAACAUUAAUACUGUACUUUAGUUAACAUCUUAUAUCCCUGUGUAUGAAAAGGAUAAACAAUCUUUUUAAAAACCUAAAAAUUGAUGUUAUCUAAAGCAAUGCUUUUACCAGAUCCCUCAAAAUGAAAAUAAUUUUGACCAAACUGUUGUGCAAAAAGGAAACAGUAAGGUCCUUUAAUUGUGUGCAAAUAAUAUCACUUUUCAAAUAGUGUGUAUAGAAAUUAAAAACAAUCUGUUUUC